AUGUCUAGUGAUAAGAAAAUUAUUGCUGUCAUCGGAAGCACUGGAUUGCAAGGAGGUAGCGUAGCCCGUUCUCUCCUCGCAGACGGAACCUUUGCCGUUCGAGCCCUCACCCGCAACAUAAAUGGAGAAGCUGCUGCAAAACUCAAAGUGGCCGGAGCUGAGGUUGUCGCUGCCGAUCUCGAGGAUGUCGAGUCGCUCAAAAAAGCUUUCAAAGGCGCAUAUGGCGUUUUUGGUGUUACUGUUUGGGCACUGUACCUUGGUGCUGACCAGUUCGAUCAGGCGAAAGCCCGCGAUCAUGAGACCCAACUUGGGAAGAAUAUUGUCGACGCCUCCGAAGCGGAAGGGAUCAAGCACCUGGUCUGGAGUACCCUGGACGAUACUUCGAACGUAAAUCUGCACGUAUAUCAUUGGGUGAGCAAAGCCGCUGUGGAGAAAUACAUCAAGACGAAGAAAUUUCCCGCGACAAUCUUGUUUACAAGCGUCUACUUCAAUAAUUUGACCAAAUAUGGUUGGCUGAAGAAGGAAGGAGAUACUUUCCAAGCAGAUAUCCCAAUUCCUUUCGACGUGCCGAUUCCUUUAUAUGAUGGGAAUGAGACUGGAGAAUGGGUCAAUAAUAUCCUCAAAAACCCGGAUGAAUGGAUUGGCAAGAGGGCCGAUACCUUUGGAAGCUUAAAUACACCAGAAGAAAUUGUGGAGGUUAUCAGAAAGAAAACAGGGAAAAUUGUUGUUCUGAACAAAGUCACGUAUGAGCAGUUCCACAGCAAGGAGUACCAUGAUGCAAUCGGCGAUGAGCUUUGGCUGAACAACAAGUACAUUGUCGACAGAGGAUUGAUCCGAGAUGCGGAGCUCUCGAAACGAGCCAACCCAAAUGCUUCCGACCUGGAGCGAUUUGUCGAGAAGGAUGAGGCCCUUAAUGCCAUACUUUCUUCUUAA